AUGAAAUUAUUUGUAAGCAAUUUGCGGUAUUCUACCCGAAUUUCACAGCAAGCGGCAAAGGUCGAGAAGUCAACAUCACCAACAUCACCCAGCUCCGGAGCUGAGCAGAUGGAACGCGCGGCAUGA